GCCAACCAGCCACAAUGAUGCAAUGUCUUCAGGUUCCGAGACGUCUUCCACAGGGCUUCCGAAAGAGCUUACAGAGUCGUCAAUACGUUCUGUAUCUCGAGAGAAAAAAUACCAAUUGACUAACAUCCUUCUUCCCCAAUACGAUAGGGCAGUUCCAAAUCGAUAUGUCACUCAUAGAACCCUGGAUCAGAUCGGUCCACUUCGCAACACGCCACACACGGGCUGUGCCAACGAUCAACGGACUUUCAGCCCUGUCUGGAGCAGAGAUCUUCGUGUUACUCCAGAGUCCAGGUCCUUUGGAGUGCCGACAGACUUUUUCGAUCAUCAUGAAUCUGACGCGUCCUCUUACAGGUGGCUUCGCGGAGCAUCGCACCCGCAUGCCACGUACGGAACUCUCCAUUUCAACCCCUACGAUGUGGAAAGCAGCUGGGCUCUGAUGCCUAUGCUAUCCACAGUAGUCAAAAGCAAACUUUGGUAUGGACAUGGAGCAAGGUUGCCACUGCAUGCUGCUUUUAGCGAGCUUCCGCACACAGUAGAAGCUGCGAGCUGUGGAGUUCGGCUCGCUUGGCGACCUAAACAUCGACCCAUUUGGCCUCUAUUUGCUCUAGCUACUCUGUUGUUCUUCCUGAGUUGCUCGCAGAAAGUUAAGGUCAUGAGGCAUUGGUAUGUCUUCUUCUUGUUGUUCGCUUCUGAUCAAUGUCGAGUCGUCAAGCGGUCUCUCAAGGACAUGUGAAGCCACCCAAGUUAUUCAGAAGACUUGCUAUCAUGAAGCAAAAGAUAUCCUGGACCACUCUAAGCUUAGCUUAUUGAUUUUGGAUAUCAAAGAAGCUUGAAGCUAGAUUCAUCAUAGCGUCCUCACACCGUUCAUUGCUGGAACGCAUGGUGCUGAUCUGGAAAUAAGACCGACACUGCUCAGUUCGCAGCAACUUUGCAGGCUUAAACACCGGAACUCGGCUUACAGGGUCACAGACCGUUGACGAGGUGAUGUAAAGAAAUCCAAAGGAAUACUCAGUAAUGGGGCAGCAGGAGCGCAGGACUUCUUCUCAAGCUAUGUUCAGAUUAAAUCUAACAACAGAAGUAUGUCCAGAUCUCCUUGGUCUUUCGGGGGAACCUAAGAGGCCUUUCUUCCUGACGCUUCAAGUUGAGACAAUAUUCCUAUGAAUCUAUCAACGUGCUACUAGUGCCUCAAAUGUGGCAAUGCUUGGACAUUUUUGAUCUUGGGAACCCCUGAAAAGUGUCUCAUGCUGCACACCUGUCUGAACAAGUCUUAUACUACUCUCGAGAAGUGACAUCGAGAGAGCACAACGAGCAUUUGGCCUACUGUUGUGUCGGCAUGGUUCAGAUUAGAAAGGACCUUAUAGCUUCACAUGGUACCUAGCAGUGAUUUCGUUCUGGGGAGGGUCUAGAGCCAUGAAUGCAGUGAUGGCGCAACGCUACUCUUGUGCUUAUCGUCCCAGCCCCCACACGCAUCUCAUCGUCCAGGCUGUUUGAUUUUAGUUGAUCAGAAAUUGACAGUGUCUUCGCCCUCCAGGUAGCUGGUCAGUCAUGCGGUGACCAAGACUGUCCAGGACAUCUGAUUUCGCGGCCAAGGUGCAUGUGCUUGAC